GGAGUUCCUUUUCAGGUGGAGUCAGCUCUGGCUGGGUUAUAAAUUUGGUGGGAGGAGGGAAAGCAGCUGUUUGGCUGGGAUCUCUGGAGCGUAAAGAAUCAUUAUGAGGGAGUGCCUGUCGAUCCACAUUGGCCAAGCUGGCGUUCAGAUGGGCAAUGCCUGCUGGGAGCUCUAUUGCCUGGAGCACGGGAUCCAGGUGGAUGGAACCAUCCCUGGGAACCAGGCACCACAGAAGAUCCUGCCCGAGGCUGAGCAAGUGGAUUCCUCUUUUGAGACGUUUUUCUGCGAAACGGCAUCCGGGAAGCACGUCCCCAGAGCUGUGUUCAUUGACCUGGAACCAACGGUGAUCGAUGAAAUCCGCACGGGGCCGUACCAUUCUCUCUUCCACCCCGAGCAGUUGAUCAGCGGCAAAGAAGACGCGGCCAACAAUUAUGCCCGCGGCCACUACACCAUCGGGAAGGAAAUCAUUGACACGGUGCUGGGCCGGAUCCGCAAAAUGGCUGACCAGUGCAGUGGCCUCCAGGGCUUCUUGGUCUUCCAUAGCUUCGGUGGAGGUACCGGGUCAGGCUUCACGUCUCUUCUGAUGGAACGGCUCUCGGUGGAAUAUAGCAAGAAGUCAAAACUCGAGUUCUCGGUGUACCCUGCCCCACAGGUCUCCACGGCGGUGGUGGAGCCCUACAACUCCAUCCUGACCACUCACACCACCUUGGAGCACUCCGACUGCUCCUUCAUGGUGGACAACGAAGCCAUCUAUGACAUCUGUAACCGGAACCUCGACAUCGAACGCCCCACGUACACCAACCUCAACCGGCUGAUCGGGCAAAUUGUCUCGUCCGUCACGGCUUCCUUGAGGUUUAACGGAGCCUUGAAUGUCGACCUCAUAGAAUUCCAGACCAACCUGGUGCCUUACCCGCGUAUCCACUUCCCUCUGACCACGUACGCCCCCAUCAUCUCGGCGGAAAGGGCCUUCCACGAGCAGCUCUCUGUGCCAGAGAUCACCAACGCCUGCUUUGAGUUCUCCAACCAGAUGGUGAAAUGUGCCCCCCGCCGGGGCAAAUACAUGGCUUGCUGCCUCCUCUACCGGGGCGACGUGGUGCCCAAGGAUGUCAACGCAGCCAUUGCCGCCAUUAAGACCCGGAGGUCCAUCCAGUUUGUAGAUUGGUGCCCCACGGGCUUCAAGGUGGGCAUCAACUACCAGCCGCCCACAGUGGUGCCCGGAGGGGACCUGGCCAAGGUGCAACGGGCCGUCUGCAUGCUGAGCAACACCACGGCCAUCGCGGAGGCCUGGGCCCGGCUGGACCACAAGUUUGACCUCAUGUACGCCAAGCGGGCCUUUGUCCACUGGUACGUGGGGGAAGGCAUGGAGGAAGGCGAGUUCUCCGAAGCCCGGGAGGACCUGGCCGCCCUGGAGAAGGAUUACGAGGAAGUAGGGAGAGAUUCGGCGGAUGGGGAGGAAGACGAUGUGGAUGAGGAAUAUUAGAACGUGUGUGUGUGUAUGUGUGUUUGUGUGUGUGUGGAUCUGCAUGUAACCUGGCGCAAAAGGUAAACCAUACAGUUUGAUAGGUGGCUUAACGUCAGGAUUCAGUGUUUUUUUAAAAUCUUUUAUCCAACUCUUUGUAGUGUAAGGUCUUUAACACACUGUACUUUGGAUGCACUUCUGUAGCCUUUUCCUCUUCUUAUCUUAAGAGUGGCGUAAAGUUACUCCAGCAUAUGGGUCGUGGGGUGGGGGAGAGAAGGGGGAGAAAAAAGGGGGCCUUGAGCUUGAUUCGUCUGCAACAGGAGACUUCUCCGCGCAGCUUGACAAUGUGGGUGAAGGAAAGGAUAGUACCCUGUAUUAUAAAGGGAUGCAUUAAUCUACUUCUUUGUACAUGAAUAAUAAUAAUAAUAAAAAAGCCAUUUGACAUA